UUCCGGUCGGGUCGCCCGGCUCCUUCCGCCCCUCGUGUGUUUGGCGGGACUCACCGCGCGACGGGCCGUCAGGUGCUGGCGUGUGCAGUCUGAGUUCCGGAGACUCGAGCCGUGAGAACGUCGCCAUGCCUAAAGCACCAAAGGGAAAAAGUGUAGGACAAGAAAAAAAAGUCAUCCAUCCAUAUAGUAGAAAAGCAGCUCAAAUUACAAGAAAGGCCCACAAACAAGAAAAAAAGGAAAAAUUGAAGAAUGAAAAGGCAUUGCGUCUCAACCUUAUUGGUGAAAAACUGCAGUGGUUUCAAAAUCAUCUUGAUCCCAAAAAAGUAGGAUAUUCAAAAAGAGAUGCUUGUGAAUUAAUUGAAAGGUAUUUGAAUCGAUUCAGCAGCGAGCUGGAGCAGAUUGAGUUGCGGAACAGCUUCAAGGACAGGCAGGGCCGGAGGCACUGCUCUCGGGAGGCGGCCAUCAGGCAGACUCUGGAGCGGGAGCAGCAGCAGUACCAGGCCUAUGGCCUCGAGAUUCCAGACAUUUUAAAUGCAGAUAAUCUGAAAACUUUUAGGGAAUGGGACUUUGAUCUGAAGAAGUUGCCAAACAUUAAAAUGAGAAAAGUCUGUGCUAGUGAUGCGGUGCCCAAGAAGUCUAAGAAGAAAGCUGUGACAGCUGUAGACAGAGAUUUGGGGGAAUUGGAACUGAAAGAUGAGUCCAGUGACACAGACGAGGAAAUGACUGCAGUGGCUUAAGUGUCUUUGCUUGAGUUGAAAAUAAAUAAUUUGAGAACUUCAAGUUA